AUGUCUUUUGAUUGGCUCAAUGUUCCAGGAUUGGACUUAGGCAACGGGGAUCAAACAGAAAGGAAACAAUCCAAUGGAUUGGGUCCACCCAGUGUAUCUUUCGACUUUGGUGUGAACACWUCUGCUCCACGCGAUUCUAAUUUCUGGGAUCAAGGUUCACGAAGUCAGAGCGAUACGUCUUUAUCCUACAGAAAUAAUCUUCCAACCGCAGGAGCUAAUUCCGCACUCCAAUUGGGUUCUCCUGAAAAGGGAGAUCAUGCAGAAGUGCAAAAUCUUUCUGGAGGUGAUGGUUAUGCAGAGACACCUGAGGAUAUGCAAGUCCCGUUGUCUCUGUCACAAAACCAACUUACACGCGAAGAAAUAAGGACAUAUUUAAGAUGGUACAACUAUAUAUGUCUGAGAACACAUGGGAAAUUAGUCAAAUUAAAUGACGUUUUCAGAUUCUUAUCCAAUUUCAAUUUAUCUCAGCAAAUUAAAGAAAGAAUAAUGGAAAUCUUCCGUAGUUGCAAAAAUGCAUUGAAUAUCGGUCAAUUCUUUGCUGUUCUGAGGCUUAUUGCUAGAGCUAUUAUCCAUGGCAUUUUACCCGUAAGAAGAAUGAUUUUAGAGAAGGCACCUAUACCUAAACCUCGUCCUAUUUUGAGCAGUGACAAUCACGAGGAGGUUUACGAAGAAGUAGAAGAUGAUGAUAACAAUAACAAAGCGGGUGAUCAAAAGGUCGACUUCGAUUCAUUUGCUUCACUGUUACUAACUGGUACAACAAUAAGAAAAAGACUCAGAAGGAGAGUUAAAAACACAAACUUUAAGAGUAAGAAAGUUAGAUUUUCAGAGCAUGUGACGUUUCAAGAUCCUCCGAAUCCAAGCCAAAAAUCAUCCAAUAAUGUCAACGAGCCAAAGAAACCGAUUGGCGAAAAUGAAGAUGGAGAUCAAAAUCGUAGUAAUAAUGGCCCAUUAGACUUGACAUUGCCCAUGGACCAAUUAUUGAAGAGACUAUACAAAGGGAGACAAAAUAGUGGGCUAGUCUCAAGCUUACCGAGCGAACAACAAGAAACUGAAGAGGAAAAGAAAGUCCUGGAGGAUAUGAAGGACUCAUUAUCCCAUUUCAAACAAAUUCAGACCGUGGAUUCUGCGUCACUACCAAUGUCAUCCGCACUUUUGCAAAAUGGUAAUAAUCGGCCAAACAAUAAUGCUAACAACAACGGUGUUCCACUGCAAGUGCCAUUAGAACCUUUGAAACCAACUGCAACAGGUUCUGCUAAUCAUUUAUUGCGAGAAGAAUACAACCAAGGAUUAACUCCAAACAAUGAAACCAUUCAAACUGGCUUACAACCCUUGAAACCAACAGCAACUGGUUCAGCAAAUUACUUGAUGCGGAACCAUAUAGAACAACCUCAAUCCAUUCAAUCCACGAAUGCACCUGAUACAAUGGUAAACUCUGGAGGGCUUCAGCCUUUGAAACCUACCGCCACCGGCUCGGCAAACUACUUGAUGAAACAACAUCUGUCACCUUCAGUGAAUAGCACGACACCUUCAAUGUUUCAAGGGCAAUUCGCGGAUCAGUAUCCUUCUCCGCAACCUACAGGUCAUUUUGUGAAUUCCCCUAACAUUAUUGUUUCUCAAAGUAACCAGCAGCAGCAACCGCAACAACAACAACAACAACAACAACAACAACAACAACAACAACAACAACAACAACAACAACAACAAUCUUACCAAACAACCGGUACACCUCAACCAAAAAUCGAGCUAUCAAAUAUAUCUCCUCAGCACACAUAUUCUAACAAUAUUCGAAUCAACAACGGGAAUAUUAUAUCGAUGCCAAAAGUGGAAAUAUCAAACGCGCUUUCUCCUCAAAAUACGUUUUCACAACACCAACAACCACACUUGGUUUCUCCUCAAAACUCGUUUGUUAAAAACCAAUCAACUAUGAUUUCUCCACAGAAUACAUAUUCUAAUAACCAACAAUCGAUGAUAUCUCCUCAGCACACAUAUAACAAUAACCAACAGCAAAUUCACCACCUUCCACCACCCCCACCUCCGCGGAUCCAGCAGCAGCAUGAACAACGGCCAGCCAUUAUUUCUCCCCAACAUUCAUACCUUGACAUGCCGAAGCCAAAUAACAUGUUGUCCACUCAAAAUUCAUACACAAACUCAAAUCAACCAAAUGUACAUUCUCCAAACUUCUUGUCACCCCAGAAUGCUGCCAAUAAUUACUUCCAGUCUUUGCUUUCCACCUCACCAUCACCUAAUUCCACUCCACUAACUGCCUCCAAUAUUAAUGGAAAUUCUAAUAACGUUAGUAAUAACUUGAGUUCUUUCCAGCCUAAUAUGACAAGUGGUAAUCCACCAAUGAACAUUAGUCAAUCACACCAGACAUACAAUGGCAAUUAUUCGAUGAUUAAUCAACAGCAGCAACAUCCUCACUCACAACAACCAAUAUAUGGGGGACAGUUAACCCAAAUGCAACAACAGCAUCAAGGGCAAUCCCAGUUUAACAACUGCGAUAUACACAACCAAGCAAACAAACCUAAUUACGGUAUGCUAGGGCAGCAAGUGCAACAACAACAACAACAACAACAACAGUUUCCAUUGUAUACUGAUACAAAUAGAUCCAAUUCAAGCGAUAUAUUGGGUAAUUUACAAUCUUUGCAGCAGCAAGUUGAUGCUUUACAAACCCAGUAUAAUAGAAGACCGUGA